CGGCCCCGCCCCUGACCUGCCCGAGGGGGGCGGCCGUUGAGGCGCGCGCGCGCUCGCGGCGGCGGCACCUCCCGUCCCCUCCCGACCCUUCCCUCAGUCCCGCUCGGCGGCCGCGGCGGCAACAUCGGUGGUGCUGGUGUGGGCAGAGGUGCCUCCUUCUUCUCCGCCUCAGCUCCGCUAUCCGCCGGGCACGAUGCAGUUUAUGUUGCUUUUCAGUCGCCAGGGGAAACUGAGACUCCAGAAGUGGUAUGUCCCAUUAUCUGACAAAGAAAAGAAGAAAAUCACAAGGGAACUUGUUCAAACAGUAUUAGCCCGCAAACCGAAAAUGUGCAGCUUCCUGGAGUGGAGAGACCUGAAGAUUGUCUACAAAAGAUAUGCAAGCCUCUAUUUCUGCUGUGCUAUUGAAGAUCAGGACAAUGAACUAAUAACUCUGGAAAUAAUUCAUCGCUAUGUAGAACUUCUUGACAAGUAUUUUGGCAGUGUCUGUGAACUUGAUAUCAUCUUCAAUUUUGAAAAAGCCUAUUUCAUUUUGGAUGAGUUCCUUUUAGGAGGGGAAGUUCAGGAGACAUCCAAGAAAAAUGUCCUUAAAGCCAUUGAACAAGCAGAUCUUCUACAGGAGGAAGCAGAGACCCCACGUAGUGUACUUGAAGAAAUUGGAUUGACAUAAAUCUUCUCUUCAGCUGAUGCCAUCUCAGUGUUUCAUACUGUAAAUGUUCACUGCCUUCAUUGUAAUGUUUAGCUAAUGGUGUAAGAUGCUGUUUGUCAGUAUUACUGUUUUGCUAAGCUGCUUCAUUCAGGCCUACAAGAAAAAUACAAAAAUACUUUUUUUUUGAAAAGGGAACAAGAAACCUAAGUUCAAAAUUUAUAAAUGAAAGGGAAUUAGAUUUAAAUUGACUCAGUGUUUCCCUUCACUGCAAUUAUAGGAAAAUUGCAUUUGACUUCAAUAAGUCUGCUGUUUUUUAUAAGCAAACUUGACUUCAGGAAACAAAUGUAUUAUUAUGACAUAAGCAUAGCCUACCUAAAUGAAAAGAAGCUACAUGGACAACUCCAAAUAUGAAAUAUUAUGGUGUAGAAAUUGUGUUUAUGCAACCAAAGAAUUUGUUCAUCUACAUUUUAGUCACCACUUGUGAUUAUUCUGCUUAUUUCAGUUGUUGCAUAAAGAUUGGAAAUGUCUGUUUACUACUGAAUUUGUCAUUAUACCAAAGAAUCCUGCCAGGAUCUGCAUAUCAAACUGGUAAAAAACCGUUAAGGUGAUAACUGCUUUUUUAAGAAAACUGAUCAACUCACUAGACCUGAAAGUGUAUUUUAGUGUAGCUACCUUGAGCAAAACUGUGCAAGUUACUAUACUCCAAAGGGAAUGCAUGUAGGAGAGAGGAAAAACCAACCCAGACUGAAUAAGGAGACUGUUUUUAGGUCUGAUAUUAGCUUGCUUUGACCAUGAGUACAAGAAAAUGUGCGCAGCUUUCUGACUGAAUAGAGAUGCAUAAUGAAAACGGAAUACUUUCAAAGAUGGGAAAGAAGAAGCUUUACAAAAGGGACCUUUUAUUAUUUUCUUUUAAAGUCUACCAAUUAAUUUGUAUUUUUUGGUGUUUUAUAGUUAUGCUUUAUUGGGUGUAUAGGUACCUUUAGGACACACUAAGUGUCAAAGUCAUUUAACUGCUUUUCUUGAUCACUUGAACACCACAUCAAACAUGUGACACAUCCCUUACAAUACUCCUGCGUGAUGUAGUUCAACCAACUAAUUUGCAGUGAGAGCUCUGUUACAUUAGAUUCGUAUAGUAUAUUCACCACAAAUCAUGUAAACUGUUAUCCAGUAAUAUUUUGACACUUUGAGCAGACUCUCAGUAAUUACAGACUGAGCCUGUUUCACUAGCAGAAAUAUGUGAUCCAUGUGUGAUUUUGAGGGAGACAGACAGUCGGAGUCUACACCUGGGAGUAGCCAAGUUAUGUUGCCUGUCCCCAUGGAGGAGGGGUUGUCUCCUCCCUCUCCACUCAGACACCUUCCCCUAGGAGUUUUGGCGUGUUCACCUGAGUGGUGCCAUGUUUUCACAAAGCUUAGCUUCAGCAGUGCUGCUGGCAGCAGCACUUGUGUGGCCGGCUGGAGAGUGGGUUCAGCAGUAGCGGCCGAAGGAACAGUGCAGUGGUGCCACGUCCGAGGCUCCUGAUCCAGACCCCAGCAGCCAGCCAGGCCCAGGCUGCGUGUGCCACUCCUGGGGCAGUACCAGCGUGGUGCCUGUGAACUCAAGCCCUUAGAACUUGUCUAUGGAUGCCCAUUCCAGGAUUUACACAGAGAUUCCAGAUGACCAGAGACUGUUCAUGUCCCAGGGCGUUUCCCCAGUGCACAGUGGGCAGGGGUAGAGGGUAGAGGGGUAGCAAAAGGACCCUGUGUGUGAGAUUGUAGUGGUAAAAUGGAUUUAAGUCAAACCAGAAGCAAUUUUAUAUGUAUUAAACAUGUUUUUAAAGUUUACACUGUCAUUUGUAUGUGCUUGGCUGGAUUAAGCUUCGUUGUGAUUGUGACAAACUGUUUGAUCUCUGUCUGUCACAUUGGUUUAGUUGUAAUAAAUGUCCAUUUUUACACCAUU